CAACAGCAGCAGUCAGGCAGGCAGGCAGGCAUGCAGUCAAGUCAAGACAGCAACGUCGACGGUGUGCUCUGAAGCCUCCUCCUCUUUCUUCAGCCAGCAUUCGAUUUCAGUACGAUUCCGUAUCGUAUCGGAUUCAUUCACCACUGAACAAGACAUUUAGCAUUUAGUUUGUAUUUGGUAAGCGUACGUUUCAGUUCUGUGGCAACUGUCGUCGGGUUAAGAACGUUGGAAACGCUUCUGAACAAAAAAAUUCACACUCACACAGAAGAGAGUAUCAAAAAUUUGCGAUAAAGUGCGCGAGAACCAUUAAAAACGUGUGAUUUCUAAUCAGUGCGCUGAAGCUAAGGAAAAUUUUGGAAUUGGUUUUCGGAGAUAAAUUUUUAUUUAUAUUAAAAACGCGGCCAAUGUUGCAUUUUUGUGGUGUUUCACAAACAACCAAUGUUGGAUUAUAAAUUAAACCCAUAUAUUUGGGGGAUACAAUGAGGCCAGAAAGAUACGAUGUUACCCCAGUUAACGCUCAAUGCCAAGAAUACUAUUUUACUUAUGGUAAUGUUUGCCUUUGUAGUUCCAGCCUAUACAAAAACAAAAGACUAUGUCUUAAUGCUAACGAACCACAACGACCGAGCGCUACAUAUAAAUGACGUCGGCAAGGUGACAGCAGCUAACAUAGCAUUUGCACAGCCCUUAACCAUGGAUAUAGUUGGUGAUCCAUUCAAUGGCGAUCCAUUCUUUAUAACGCUCUAUGCCAAACAAGUUGGGCUGUUCUUGUGCUUUCGGCGUGGCAGAUUAGUGGGACUGAAACAGCUCACCCGAGAUUGCCACUUUAGUGAGACAAUGGAACAUGGCCACUACAUGUACGCGAAUGCUUACAAUGCAACCCUGCGUGUCGGUUUCACGAAGCGUUUCAAGCCCAUUGGUCCAAAGCGGCUGCGGCAUGCACACAGCAUCAGCAAGGAUCACUUCCUCUUUGAGCGACGACAUUUGACAGAUAUUAUCACUAGUAGAAGCACCACCACAGCAACCACCACCACCACUACGCCUAGCACCACUACCACCACGACAACAACACAUACACCCAAAGCCACACGCAUCCAACGCAAUAGAAACAUAGCCCACAACCACAAUGAAAACAGCAACAAUGACAAUAGCCACGCGUUGAAGCCCUCCGUUGGGCUGAAGCGCCCGCAGCAACAACUGCAAGAAGAACUGCAUACAGAAGCUGCAAAGAGUAUUACUAAUGAUAAACAUAACAAUAAACAUAGUCAUAACGAGGAUAGUAGUGUAAACGAUUAUAAUAGCAACAAAAACAACAAGAGUACCCACAAUGUUCCACAGAGGCAGCAGCAGCAGCAGCAGCAGCCCUCAGCCGGUUUGCUGGAGGAGCGCUUGCGGAAGUUACAUGGCGCCGAGCAGCAUCCACUGCGUCACGACGGCAACAGUAUUAGAAAUAAAAACCGCCGGCGACGUUUGCAGAAUCGGCGCAAGCAACGCCAGAACCAACACAAUUUGCAGGCAAAGAAUCUGGUGCGCCAAAACCACAACAACAGCACAAAGAUGGCGCGACGCCGCCAGCAUGAGCGCGAGCAAUUGUUGCGCAAACAGAGUCGUCACCGACAGCAAGUGCAGGCGCGGCACGAGCAACAACAACGGCAACAGACGCCGCCACCGACGCGUGGCGCGGGCGAAGCGGCUAGUUCUACCGCUUCCACAGCGGCCUCUGCACUCACAGCCACUGCCGCCUCGUUGGUGCCCACAACACUAAUCGACAUUAUGGCCAUGCUGGCAGCUUCGCGACGUAAGCGCGGGCGGCGGAAAAAGGAAGCCACCGCAGAAGAAAACGAGAAUGCAACGACGGCGGCAGCGAGAACGGGUGGCCGAGCGCAUAGCGCGACACACGCGUCCGCCGACAUGCAAAUAGCGGUAUCACAAACAACCUUACAAAAUGUGGUGGCUAAGAAGCGAGGGACGGAAUGGCUGCCGCUGGACGAGGCGGAGGAGCAGGCGAAGGCGAGAGCGCAGGGUGAGGCAGCGCUGGGUGCUGCCACGGCUGGUGGGAUGAGUGGUGUGCGAAAUGAGAUGGAGGUGCAGCCGACGCACAGGCAUCGGCAUCAUCAUCAUCAGCUGCGGCCGCUGGCGUUAGACGCGGCCGCUGAACCAGUGAGCGCGGCGCAACAUGUUGCUGAGAAAGUUGCGCAGGCGCAGGCUCAGCCAAUAGAGCAACAGCAACCACAUGAAUACUCAAAUAGUUAUGUUAAUAGUAAUUUAAAUAGUAAUUAUAAAUUAAAAACUUAUUCUAAUGCUAAUAACGGUAAAGAUAAUGUUAAUGUUAAUAAUUAUGUUAAUGCAAUACCUGCCUUGCCAAAAAACUACUUAUACGAGAACACUCACCAGCGCACCGAUUAUGAUGUUCAUAGUCACGUAGAUGAUGAGGACGAUAAUGAUAACAAUUACAGUAACCGCAAUGCUAGAGCGCAUAGUGAAGCUGCUGGCGGCGAGCAUGAAGAGCCAGCUGCGAAAAGUGGUAGUCAUAGCGCCGCCAAUGGGCGUAGCAGCAGCAGCAGCAAUAGGAGUAGAAAAAGUAGUAGUAGUGAAAUAAGUAGCCAUAGCGAUAGUAUUAACCCUAGUAUGACUGAUUAUAGUAGUAACAGUAACUCUAAGUUUAGUCAAAAACAACAUCAACAACAACAGCAAGCACUUAGCCAUACCAGUAGUAGACGAAGAUAUCGACGACGAGCUGUUGCGACCGAGGCCACAAACGAAGCUGAGGCAGCAACAGCUCAUGACGAACGCGCCGACAGCGUACACGCUGAGGCGUAUGACGAUGUUGCUGACAAUAUUGGCGAUCGGCAUGUUGCUGAGCAACACCUGCCAGAUCAACAAGCGCAGCAACAAACAGAUUUGGUAAGCAGUGAAGAAGCUGCCGCGGAAGUAAUCACUACCGCAGCGAGUUUCGAGCGCCAAACAAAAGAAUAUAAUACGAAUACGAAUAAAAAAACAAAAACGAAUAUAAUAAAUGCGAAUAUAAAUACGAAUACCAAUAGCGGAGAUAAUAAAAGUAUAAUUGAUAACGUUAGUGUUAAUAGUAAUAUUAAGAAGGUAAAUUGUAAAGAUAAAGGCGAGCAAGUGAGUGCUGCAGUUGUUGCUGUUGACGAUGUAAAAAAAGACAAUAAUGUUAAGCGUAUUUUUUUUCGUAUACGCCUGCCGUUUUUUCGUCAACAUAGCAUCAAUAACAACAACACUAACAAUAAUAACAAUAAUAUUAUGUAUACUAUUAACAACAACAUUAAUAUGGAUGUCGUAGAUGAAGAAGAAGCUAAUGCUAAUCAAAUAAAUGCGAAUGCGAAUGCUAUGGCUAAUGCUAAUGCGAAUGCUUUUCAAACGCAACAACAACAAGCUGUUAAUAAUAUAAAUAUUAAUAACAAUGAAAUUAAUGUUGCUGCUGCUGUUGCUGCUGGUAAUGUAGCUUUUGCUAUUCAUUUAGCACGCGCAUAUAAUUAUUACGAUAAUCAAAAUGUUAUUGAUGCUAAUUACCAUGAUGGUAAUGAUGAUGACGAAAAUGUGCAUGCUGCAAAUAACGAUAAUAUUAAUAAUAAUAUUGAUCAUGUUUAUGAGCAUUUGUUUGCUGCUAAUCAUAAACGUUUUUUUCGUAGCUUAAAUUAUGCUAAUACUAAUCACAAUGUGAAUAACUAUACGAAUGAUAAUGAUGAUAAUGACCAAGGCGAUGAUGAUGAUAAUGAUGAAUGGAAAAGAAAUCAUAAUAAAUAUGAUAUGACUAUAGUACAAUACAGAUAUGUAGUUGUCUUUUAUUAA